GUUACAGCAGUGAGAAGGUAAGGUGUUUUAAGCACGCAGCUGAGCGCUCGGCAGGAUUUUACAAGCUGAGCCUUAUGGUAAUGACUCUCUUGUUAUUAAAAAAGAGUGUGUUGGGCAUGUUGAGAAACGGAUGGGAACACGACUCCGAAAUGCUAAAAAGAAUAAUAAAGGUAUUGGUGGCAAAGGUCAGGGCAAGCUAACGGACAAGCUAAUUAUUGAAAUGACAAAAUUUUAUGGCUUAGCCAUUCGUCGCCAUCCCGAUUCAUUAGAAGAAAUGAAGAAAGAAGUUUGGGCCACAUUCUACCACAAAUGCUCUACCGAUGAAAAUCCUCAGCACCAGAACUGUCCAGCAGGCGAAGGUAGCUGGUGUAAAUGGCGGCAGGCUGAAGCUAAGAGCACGCUCGACCAAUUCCACCACGAGAAGGCCCCAUUAUCCAAGGAAGUACAAGCAGUAGUUAAACCUAUCUAUGAAGAUUUAUCCAAGGACGAUCUUUUGACCCGUUGUUUAGGAGCAGAGACGCAGAAUAAUAAUGAGUCGUUAAAUUCACUCAUUUGGACGUUCGCUCCGAAACAUCUACAUUCAGGCGCUCAGAUAGUUCAGAUUGCAACUUUUUUGGCCGUCGUCAUCUUUAAUGAAGGCUUCCAAGGCAUUAUUAAGAUAAUGCAUACGAUGGGCUGUUCAAUUGGACGAUCAACGCACGCUUAUGUAGAGCGCCGCGACGAAGCCCGGAUCAGCCGUUCCGAGCAGCGCAUGAGCGACGCGUUACAAGCUUUGCAGCUAGUAGAAAUAGGUCUCACAGCAACAGUCUUAGCUAUUCAUAUAAUACAACUGAAAUUUAGUUACCAGACCUAA